AUAAUAACACAUUUGAGGUUUUAUUUAAUAGAUUUAAUUGAAUAGAUUUUGAAAAAAAAGUUUUGCAACAAUAAUGCUGUUUAAAGUUAUUAUAGCAUUAGCUUUGCUAACAGUACUAACAUUGCCUUUGGCUAAAGGCCUCAGAAUUAAACGGGAAUCGGACGACACCGAUGACGUACUGCCGUCCGGUAUUAAGCUAGGUUCUCAACAGGACUCCCAGUCCAGUCAGGAGCACACAGCAAGCAAACAGAGUGCCGCCUCCCAGCAAACCCAUAUGGGUCAACAACAGUUGGCCGCAUCGUUCGGCACAAAACACUAUCUGCUUCAACAACAGAUGUCAAUGGGUCAACAAUUGGCCAAAUUGGGCAAAAAGACGGCUAUCCAGCAGCUGAUCGAUUCACAGAAACAAUCGGUCGCUAACGGAAAGGUUCACAAAAAAGUGUUCACAAAAAGUAAUGAAGAUUUUGAAACAUUGUCGGGAAAUGAUGAUGAGGUCAAAGAUAUAGUGACCGGAAGUAGCACUGAGAAGACCAUCGGAAGCAGCACUGAGAAGACCAUCGGAAGCAACACUGAGAUGAUCACCCAAACAACUACUAUUUCAACUACUAUGCCAACUACUACUACUACUAUAACCGGUAAUAUUAUCACUACUACUACUACUUCUAAUAAUAAUAAUAAUAUUAAUAAUAAUAAAACUGAUGCUAUCAAUUCUGUAAUACCAAUAUUAUAA